AGUCAACUGAACAUAACCCAAAUCAAAUUUUCCGUUCAAGAUAAGGUGGCUGCGUACUGUCAGUUAUUUGUCGAUGCCAUUCCUUCGUUGCAUGCAGCGAAAACUGCUAAGGUACAGUUACAACAAAAAGGUGCGUGCCGCAUGCACAGUUUGAACCGAAUCUGGGAGUUUGCAAAGCAAAAAUCCGCCGUUUUAGUGGGUUUCUCGAAACCAGUGCGUAUUUUAGGCUGCUUUGUAAGUGUUUUAUUUUUUCGGCAUCUUGCGUUCUGUUCUGGCCGUGCUUCAUUGACCAGACUGGUAAACUGACCAAACACAGCCGUGCUGUAACGUUAACGUGGAUCUGGAGCAUGUAGCGCGUGAUAUCAUGCAAUCAAUAUCCGGUGACUAAGCAUAGCAACCUACAGUAGCGAUACACAGUCAAGUUUGAUGACUAAUUUCCUGUCCCUACCCGCCGGAAAUCAUGGAAGUUUUCCGGUACUUUCCUCCUAGAAAAAAGUUAAGAUACCCCAUCGCAUUGAUACUCUUGUCAUUCGGAGCCCUGCUGAUGAUUAAAGUUAUGAGUGAUCGACAAAUACUUGCUUUUACCGAUGAAACCACCAUGACGGAAAGUGGUCAACGCCGCCAAGAAUCAUUAGAUGCUGUCGAUCCGCGCAAUGUAUACCGGCAGAACGUUGUCAAGCAGAUGAUGAAGUUUGCGUGGGACAAUUACGUAAAGUAUGCGUGGGGCGAUAACGAGCUAAGACCGGUAUCGCGAACAGGAUUUGCAGGAUCGGCGCCGUUUGGUGACGGCAAACUUGGACUAACUAUUAUAGAUUCACUAGAUACGCUCUUUCUCAUGGGACUGACCAAUGAGUUUGAUGCUGCCACCGAGUGGGUAACGAGACAAUUUAAAAUCCGAAACGCGAAAUCAACAUUUUCGGUUUUUGAAGCAAAUAUCCGACUCCUGGGCGGGUUCCUGUCCGCGCAUGCGCUGAGUGGCAGAAGGGUAUUUUUGGACAAAGCGAUCGAAACUGCAGAUACUUUGCUACUGGCAUUCAACACGACUAGCGGACUUCCUUGGAGUCUGUAUGAUGCUAGCAUAAAAUUCGGCUUCCUUUACAACUGGCUGUCUUUUGAUUGCGUGUUCCUUGCCGAUGUCGGUACUCUUCACCUGGAAUUCGCAUAUUUGUCGGAAAUUACCGGAAAUAUAAUUUACUUGGAGAAAGUGAAAAAGAUUCGCCAAUUACUGAAGCACGCGCGCAGUACGGAAGGCCUGUAUCCGAAUUUGGUAGACUUCCGCCAUCUAAAUGGUUCAAAAUGCCAAAAUGGUCUUACUGCAUCGGUCGGAGCAUUUGGCGACAGUUUCUACGAAUAUCUGCUAAAAGCAUGGUUGUGGUCGAGCGGAGAGGAUACCGAAGCCAAAGAAAUGUUUUUCGGCGCUCUCACAGCGCUGGAGAAAAAUCUGUUGAAACGAUCAAGAGCCGGUUUAGCAUAUUUCGCGAAGCUGGAACAAAGCCAACUACUGACCCACAAUAUGGAGCAUUUGGCUUGCUUUAUUGGCGGACUGUACGCUCUCGCAGCGGAAAGUUCACCGGAACCUCAACGAAUGAUCGGCCUCGCCAAAGAAAUUACCAAAACAUGUCAUUUGUCGUAUAAUCUAACUCAAACUGGUCUUGGUCCAGAGUCUUUCAGAAUGGAUGGCAUUCAAGGAUAUCCAAAAGCGACGGUCACCGGUAAUCAGCAAUAUUCACUCCGUCCGGAAGUGGUCGAAAGUUAUUAUUAUCUGUGGAAGGUCACCGGAAAUGAAGUAUACAGGGAGUGGGCUUGGGAAGCAGUUCUGGCUAUGGAAAGGCAUUGCAAAAAGGAGUUUGGCUAUAGUGGUGUCACCGAUGUGGAUAACGAAAAACCAGGGUCGGACGAUGUCCAGCAAAGUUACUUCAUGGCCGAGACUCUAAAAUAUUUAUACUUAAUUUUCGUGGAUGAUGAUCCUUUGCCACUCAGUUCCUGGGUAUUUAAUACCGAGGCACAUCCUUUGCCUGUGAUAGAUUCAGACCCGUUUAGAAGAGCUUUCUAUAACUCUACCGGGAAACAGUAUCGAGUACUGACUUCGCAAAUGUCCAAGAGAAACUAUAGCUUGCUGGCUGAAUUUGCAAAUAGUAAUAAUUAUUACUUGUUUUCAUAUGGCACACAGUUUGCUCAUAGCAGAUCGAUUAUUGUUGGAUGUGUUGUUCUGAUGUUUUUGUUCUACAGUUCCUUUACAAGUGCUCUACAUCUGUAAGUUGUUACUUGUUACCGGUGCGAUCAACAUGCAAUACAAUGGUCUAUGCUGCAAAUCAGUAUGACUUAAUAAUUUUGUAAUUCUGCUUUAUGUCUCUGUAAAUAUUAAAAUUCUGGAGAAGAUA